UUGAAGGGAGAGACACAGUGUGUUCUGGAGUGGACUGAGGAAAUUCUGGGAAAUUAACAUACACACUCGUUUCAUUUGUACACUAGAUCUGAAAGGAAAAGGAGGAGGACCAUGGAGCUUUGGGUAACAACAUUGCAGCUUCUGCUCUUGGGAGUAUUGCUGAGGACAGCUUGGAGCCAGAGGGACGAGCUAAACUCCGAGGAAGAAAGAAAAGCUUUGAUGCUCAAGCAUCUGCAAGAGGUCCUGGAGCUAUCAGAACUUGAAGUGACUGAAGAGGAGUCCCCACAGGAGGUGACCCUGACGGAAGUGGGGGGCUCAGAUAGCAAGGAGAUCCUGGAAGAAGAGCUAGAAGAGCUGGAGGAACAGCUUCCCCACCCCACUGUUUUGACCCUAACAACAGUGCCCCCGGCACAGGAGGAAGAUGGCUUCACCUAUGUGUUCUCCCGUCUGAACAGCCUGGAUGCGGCAGUGCAUCGCCUCAAUGUGCAGUUCUACCACAUGGACGUGAAAGUGUCCCAGUUCUCCCAAGGCCUGGCUGAACUGAAGGCAGGCCUGACUGAAGCUCGUGAAUCAUUUGCUUCCCUGAAUGAAGUUGCUAACCGCAACCAGAAAGAACUUGGAAAAAUUGAUGGUUGCUUGAGGGGCCGACGCACCUACAGCAAAUGCUUCUUGAUCUUCAAGCACUUUGAGGCCUACGAUGGGGCUCAAAAACUCUGCGUAGCCCGGGGAGGAAACUUGGCCAUGCCAGCUGACGCCACUGAGUUGGCCAUUCUGCGCCAAUACCUACAUGAUGCUUUCCAACCAUACAACUGGCCAGCCUGGGUAGGCAUCCACGACCGGCGUUCAGAAGGUCUGUGGCUCUUCGAGAACGGGCAGAGGGUGUCAGUCUUCGACUGGUAUCGUGACCACCUUGUGACUCAACCCAAUGGUGGCACUCGUGAGAACUGUGUUACUCUCAGCUCUGAUGAUGGAAAGUGGUGGGACAAUGAUUGCGAACGACGCAUGUAUUACAUUUGCGAGUAUCGCCUCUAGUAGUUAACAGCUUUCAAUGCUUCGUCUGACUGGCCUCCUUCCAAUUUGAGUAGGUUGAAUUUAGUGUGAAGACCUACAAACCUUAGAAAUCAGAAUCUUUUUUUUGCAAGUGUGUAUACACAUCUCCCCCUUCACACCAUAACCCUGCCUCUCUCUCACUCGCACACAAACUAAUGGUAGCAUUUCCAUAGGAAAAGCAUCCUCCUUAUUUAGUAGACCCUACCUACCUGUAAGAACAAGUAUCUGGCACCUCUCAAAAAGAAGGAAACAUCCACAGCUUGGAAACAAAUACCAAUUUAGUUCUAGAUGACCCACUUGGAACUGGUUUGUUCAAAGAGGCCCAUAGCGGAACGGAUUCCAGAACUGCAAAAACUUGCUUGCUCAAAGCGUGGCAGCUGGGGAUACUAGCUGAUGCUGGAUCUCUCCAGCCAACCUAGUUCCAUACAAAGAAAUCAAUGAGCAAAUGGAGAACAUGGUUAUCAGACCACAGAAAGUAAUGGUCAGAUUAUGUCUCAUGCAAGAGGGUUAUGAUUCCUUCUCCUUUCCCUUCAAACGCUGCUAAAUAAGUUUAGCAAAAACAUUGAAGUAUCUGUUGCUUUUAAUCUAACGCAGCCACUUCCUUCACCAUGGGUUGAAUCAUAAGUAAAGUGAUCAACCAGGCCACAGUUGACAAAAGUAGUGGUGUAGAAUUCACGUGCAGCCUCCCAUACUGCUGGUAACUCUACUGCACCACACUCCCUGCAGGAGUAUGUGACCUAUUGUUUCUUUAGGGAAAAUCUCUUCAACUGGCCUCUUCUAUUCACCCCACUUAAUAAAAAUCAGAACAGCCUUUUAAAAUAAAGUAUCUUUUAUUCCA